AUGAGUGGUAGAUCAUCCAUACAUUCUGGUUUUGUGUUGGCUUGGCUUCUAGUUCUAUGGCUGGUCAUCGUUUGGUCUGCCGCUAUCUGUUGUUGUAGUUCCAGUGCUGCUAGGAAUAUCAGUCCUUCGAACGAUGUUAAUGUUCGGUGUAUGGAGAGGGAAAAACAUGCUCUUCUUCAGUUCAAGCAACGGUUGGUAGAUGACUCAAAUGCUCUAGCCUCUUGGGAAAGCAAGGAAGACUGUUGCAAGUGGAGAGGAAUUGCUUGCGACAACCAAACAGGUCAUGUCAAUGUCAUCAGGCUAGAUUUCUACCAUGAUUCAUCUGAUUUUAACUAUACUCCUUUAAGAGGUGAGAUUAGUCCCUCACUACUUGAAUUGCCAUAUCUAUAUUACUUGGACCUCGGUUUUAAUGAUUUUAGUGGAACGAUUCCCAAGUUCAUUGGUUCUUUGAGUCGGUUGAAAGUACUCGAACUUGGAUCGAACAGUUUUAGCGGAUCCAUUCCUCCCCAACUUGGCAAUCUAUCCAAUUUGCAUACUCUUGAUCUUUCAUGGAACUUUGUUUUUACCUCUGAAAAUAUCGAGUGGGUAUCUCAGCUUUCUUCCUUGAGAUACUUGAACAUGUCAUUUCUUAAUUUCUGCCGUGCUGUAAAUUGGCCCCAAUCUAUAAGCCAGCUCCUUUCUCUGAUAGAGCUUCGGUUAAUUUCAUGUGAUCUCCCUGAUGUUGAUAUGGCAUCACUUUCCUUUACUAAUUCUUCAACCUCUCUUCAAGUAUUUCAUCUCUCUGGUAAUUUCCUGAUCAGUUCUUCAAUAUUCUAUUGGAUAGGCAAUGUCAGCAGAAACCUUGUUUCCAUUGGCCUAUCUUAUAACAGGAUUAAAGGUACUAUCCCAGAUGUUUUCACAAACAUGGAUUCUCUAUUGACUCUUGACCUCUCUUCUAAUCAACUUGAAGGUGGCAUACCAAAAUCCUUUCGAAGCCUAUGCAGAUUGGAAAACUUGUAUUUAUAUUCAAACAAUUUUUCUGACAGACUUGAACAAUCUAUAGGCAACUUGUCUUGUGCACAGGAUACCCUUAAGUCACUCUACUUGCGUGAUAAUCUUUGGUGGGGGUCAUUUCCUGAUGAUCUUACAAGGUUUGUAUCCUUGGAAGAAUUGCACAUUGACAAUGCCAUAAUGAGCGGGUCGCUCCCAGAGAGUUUUCAGCAACUUUCCCAGCUCAGAACCUUGAGUCUAGGUCAUAACCGGUUAAGUGGCUCAUUCCCAGAUGUUACAGGUCUUGCGUUGUUAUCAUCAAUAGAUCUUUCCUAUAAUCAACUGAAUGGCUCUCUACAUGACAGUUUAGGUCAACUUUCCAGCCUUGCGCGAAUCGAUCUUUCUCGAAAUUCUCUGAAUGUUGUCUUAACUGAAGCCCACUUCUUGAACCUGUCUAAACUGCAGUAUGUGGAUGUUUCUUAUAAUCCAGCUUUUUCUUUCCAUGUGAGCUUAAGUUGGAAUCCUCCUUUUCAGCUUUAUGAUUUAAAGAUGGCAUCUUGCAAGGUCGGCCCUGCUUUUCCUAAAUGGACUCUAACACAGAGAGAACUUUCUACACUUGAUUUGUCUAACGCUGGGAUAUCAGAUUCAAUACCUGAUAAUUUUUGGGAUCUAGCUUGCAGUUUACCUCUGUUAAAUCUCUCUAUCAACCAAAUCCAUGGAAAAUUUCCGAAUCUAUCAUCAAGAAACUGCAGCAUUCCUUCUAUUGACUUGAGGUCUAAUCGUUUCUCUGGUGCAGUCCCACCAUUUCACACAAAUGUAGGCGCAGUGUGGCUCUCCAAAAACAAGUUUUCAGGGGACUUAUCUUCCAUAUGUUCAACUCAGGCUCCAGAAUUGCUUAUACUCGACCUUUCUGAUAAUCUGCUAUCAGGGGAACUCCCUAAUUGUUGGGUUCAAUUUCAAGGACUGGUCGCGUUGAAUUUGGCGAACAAUAGUUUCUCUGGGAAAAUACCAAGCUCAUUUGGUUCUUUAAAGUCUCUUUAUCAAUUACAAUUACAACGUAACAAUUUCUCAGGUGAACUGCCUUCUUUGGAGAACUGUACGGAGUUAGCUUUUGUUGACCUCGGAUUCAAUAACUUAUCUGGAAAGAUACAAGCAUGGAUAGGCAGCAGCCUUAAAAAGUUGUUGGUUCUACAAUUAAGGUCAAACCAUUUCUCUGGAAGCAUUCCCACAAGUAUAUGCAGUCUACCGUUCAUUCGUGUUUUGGACCUCUCUCAAAACAAUAUAUCUGGAGCAUUACCACAUUGCCUCAACAAUUUGACAGCUUUCUCUUCGGUUUCUCAGGAGGUGGAUUAUUUGUCAUAUCCUUCUGAUUUUGUUUUACAACUUAUUUGGAAAGGAGCAGAGACGGAGUAUGGGAAGAACUUUAGGUAUUUGAGGAGCAUUGACAUUUCAAGCAAUAAUUUAACUGGGGUGAUUCCGGAAAACAUAACAUAUAUGCUUGGGUUGCGUUCUCUUAACCUUUCAAGAAACAGUUUGACUGGGGUCAUUCCUGAAAAGUUUGGUCAAUUGGAGGUGCUAGAAGUUCUUGAUUUGUCAAGAAACCACCUAUCUGGUAGUAUUCCUGAUAGUUUUAGGAACUUGCAUUCUAUAGCUGUCUUGAAUUUAUCGAUCAACAACUUGUCAGGAAGAAUUCCGUCCAGCACCCAACUUCUGACUUUUACUGAAUCUUCAUUCGCCGGAAAUGUCGGACUUUGUGGGCCACAGCUAACAACAAAAUGCCGGGGAGAUAGAUCAAGUGAAGAUCCAAAAGUCACUGGUAGCACUGAAAGUGGUGAGAGUGAAAACGAUAGUGAUGGUUUCAUAACACCAGGUUUUUAUGUUGGCAUAGGGAUUGGAUUCUUAAUAGGAUUUGUGGGAGUCUGCCUUGCUUUACCCCCUGAGACUUCUUGGAGAUACGUGCAGCAGUGUUUAAGGCAAAGAUAA